CUUUUUCAUGGUUAUCAAUUUGUACAAAGAAUCACAACACUAAAUACAGCGGAAACCAAGACAAAUCGGGCUGCCAAGACAACUGUGUAAUUCGCUCAAAAGAGAAACGGAGAAACUCUCAGACUGGAGGACAAUGUAUAUAAAAAUAUGCAAGAAUCACAGGAAACGCACAUAUCCAAUCACCUAGAUGAAAUUGUUGCUGCUGUCAGCAUCACUCGUAAAAAGAAGAUCCAGAACAAGCUGCCUGAGACGGCACUAUUCCAACUUCCUCAAGAGAAACUCCUCUUCUGUGAAGAGAAAGCAAAGUCCUAUUCCAGCAGUCAUGAAUAUAAACAGGCUAUUCAAGAGCUUGUGCGUUGUGUAGCACUGACAAGAAUUUGCUACGGCGACUCUCACUGGAAACUAGCACAGGCGCAUGUUAAUCUGGCUCAAGGGUACCUCCAGAUGAAAGGACUGUCACUGCAAGCAAAACAACAUGCAGAAAAAGCCAAAGAAAUCCUCUCCAGCUCCAUUGGUCCUCCCUAUGACGAUAAUGUGGAUGUUUUCAAGUGUUCCAUUGAGCUCUUCCAUACCAUGGGGAGAGCCUUACUCUCCCUUCAAAAAUUUAAGGAAGCUUCAGAGAAUUUGACAAAAGCAAAGAGACUUUCAAAGGAGCUGCUACAAUGUGGAAGGAUUAUAAAAGAAGAAUGGAUAGAAAUUCAAGCACGGAUCAAAUUGUCAUUUGCACAGGUGUAUCGAGGUCAGAAGAAAUUAAAAGAAGCUUUGCCCUAUUAUCAAAAGGCUUUGGAAUAUGUUGAGAUCAGUAAAGGUGAAAACUGUCUUGAGUGUGUACCAGUAUUGAGGGAAUUAGCAGGUGUAGAGCAAGCCCUAAGAUUCCACGACGCAUCCAUCAAUCAUUUCUUACAGGCACAUCUCAUCGUGCUGAGUAGAAGCCCCUCUCAAGAGGAGGUCGCAGACUCUGCAUGCUUCGUUGCCCGCGCUGCCAUUGCUUCUGGGAGGCCCGAGCACCGUGAUGUGGCUGAAAAGUAUUUUCAAGAGAGCAUGGCUCAUCUUAAGGAUUCUGAAGGGAUGGAAAGAGCCAAAUUACUGUCAAUUCAAGAUGAAUUUUGCCAUUUUCUACAAAUCACUGGACAAAAAGAGAGAGCAACCUCAAUCCUGAGAGAGUCCCUAGAAGCCAAAUUGGAAGCCUUUGGUGAUUUCAGUCCUGAGGUGGCAGAGACAUACCGGCUCCUGGGUGUGGCCGACCUGGAGCAGGGGUACCACAGAGGGGCCCACAAGAAACUGAAGAAGUGUCUUCAAAUUCAGACCCUCUUAUAUGGACCACGGGACAAGAGGACGGUGGCUACACAGCAGACCAUGGACAUCCUGUCCAAGUCCCCCAAGGUCGCCGUGAAGCCAAUGCAGGCUCCGAAAGCCGAAGUGGCCUUCUGCACCAGUGUUCCUCAGCACAAUGAGCUGGGGAAGGCCAGGUCCAACGCAGCAGACUGAGACCCCCGCCCCAAAGAAAGCUUUGGGCGGGCCACAGUUGUAAAUGUUAUUACAACUGCCAUUUAGGGUGCUGUAUACGUCUCUCUCCAACUAGAAAAUGCAGUUCAGUAGUCAGCGUACAGAUUUUCAAGACUGACUAUUGAGUCCAACACAACAGCCAUACCAUAAACUUCCCAGGGGCCAUAGAGGUGGGUGCCCUUCAGGGCAAUCUGGAGCUUUUACAAGGCAUUUUUUUUUAUCACCCCAAGUGGUUUUUCUUACCAACAAGGAUUUUUACCUGUCAGCACUACUAUCGCUGAAAGACUUCUCUUCAAAAGUUCAAAACCUCCUGUGCAAGAAAGUAGACUUGGCAUUUGAUUGUACAUGUAGCCCCCUGCACAGGUCUGAAGUCAACUUUGGAGUAAUAAAAUUCUGGAAAAAGCCUUCUUGUAGGAAGAUAAUAGGGGUUGAGAAUAAAAUGCUAAUAAAAAGAAACUUGAAA